AUGGGACAGCCAUAUAACUCUUUCCUAGUAUCAAUUCCUAUAACUUAUGUGCCAAUCAAGUAUCCCUUGAUAUCAAAAUGCGGCUACAUUGGUGGAUUGGAAUUUCAGCCUUCAAUUUCAAAUUUCGGCUAUGACCUCAAGCUUGAAAGCUUCCCAGGUGGAUCAGAAACCUUUGAAAUCAUUUUAAAAUUUUGUUACGGUCUUCCAAUGGACUUGAACCCUAACAACAUAGCACCACUAAGAUGCGCCUCAGAAUUUCUAGAAAUGACAGAAGAUCUUCAAGAUGGAAAUCUCAUUUCUAAGACUGAAGCUUUUCUCACAUUUGUAGUCCUUUCUUCAUGGAAAGACACCAUUACUGUACUUAAAUCUUGUGAAACUCUAUCUCCAUGGGCUGAAAAUCUUCAAAUUGUCAGAAGGUGCUGUAACUCAAUUGCUUGGAAGACUUCCAGAGUAAACAUUAUCGGAGAUACAGACUGUCAAGAAGGCUGGUGGUUUAAUGAAGUGGCUACCUUUCGAAUAGAUCAUUUCAUGAGGAUUAUAACAGCAAUAAAGGCAAAGAGUACAAGACCAGAAGUUAUAGGUAAAUGUAUCCUGCACUAUGCAGAGAGAUGGUUGCCAGGCAUGGAUGUGGAGUUUGAAGGACUAAGAGGAUACGGGUUCGGAAAAAAUGACCUCCAGUUCAGUGUAUUGAGUAGGUGUAAAGAGGAAGGGGGUUACGUACACAGCAAGGAGCAAAAAGCAAUUAUUGAAAGCCUAGUGAGCGUACUUCCUCCUAAAAAUGAAGCUGUUUCAUGUAAGUUCUUAUUGAGGAUGUUAAAGAUGGCCAUGCUGUACUCUGCAUCACCAGCUUUGAUUUCAGAGCUUGAAAAGAGAGUGGGGAUGAUGUUAGAAGAUGCCAACGUGAAUGAUCUGUUGAUUCCUAGUUGCAAUAAUGCAGAUCAAGGGAAACUAGUUAAUACAGUUCACCUGAAGAAUGCACAAUGCACAAUGCACGACACUGAAGUCGUGCAAAGGAUUGUGGAAUAUUUCUUGAUGCAUGAGCAGCAAGGACAGCAACAGAAGACUGCUAGAAUCAAUGUUAGUAAGCUGUUAGACAACUACCUAGCAGAGAUUGCUGAAGACCCAAACCUCUCCAUAACCAAGUUUCAAAUAUUGGCUGAAUUACUGCCAGAAAAUGCACGGACAUGUGAUGAUGGUCUCUACAGAGCCAUUGAUACCUACCUCAAGACCCAUCCUUCACUACCUGAGCAUGACCGGAGAAGGCUAUGUAGAAUAAUGAACUGUGAUAAACUAUCGCUUGACGCAUGCAUGCACGCUGCACAAAAUGAUCGACUGCCUAUGAGAACUAUUGUCCAGGAAAAAGAAAUGCAACCCAAGAACCUCUACCAACCACGAGCUAAGGUGCUUUUCUCAGAACAAGUAAAGAUGAGGACGGCGAUGCAAGAGAAGGAAUCACAAAGUGGCAAUAACUCUGAACAGGAAGGGAACUACUCAUCAACAGAUGCAGAGAUUAAGAAUCUAAAAGCAGAACUUGAGGAUGUAAAGAUAAAGAUGGCAGAGCUGCAGAGUGACUACUCUGAGCUGCAGCAAGAGUAUGAAAGGAUAGGCAGCAAGCAAAAGAAUGUGUCGGGUUGGAGUUUGGGAUGGAGAAAAAUUAAGAACUCUUUCCAUGCAAAAGUUGAGGGCAAUGAAACUGGAGAAGGCCAACAAAGACCCAACCCAGCUGGCAGAAGACCCCCCUCCAGACGAAGGUCAUCCAUGUCCUAA